UGUGUAGAGGACGGUCCCUUUAUCAGCUCUCGUGAGAUCUGACCUAUAACGUGACUGGUCAGAGCAGACAGUACAUGUAUAUACUACCUGUCGAGGCUGUGUUCCUCACUGUGGGGAAAGCACCGGCACUAAGUACCUCGCACCGCGCGUCGCUACCCUCCUUCCCAAAUGUCAUCGGCACGCGAACCAUCUGCUCCGAAAAUGUAACCUCGUAUCUGAUUUGAUCAAAUUUGAUUCAUCUGUACAUAUACUUCUGUAUGUUCAUAUAGAAGGAGAGUUAUGAAUGUUGGUCUCGGCACAGUCUGGGCCCAGCUAGUACACCUAUAUAACACCACAUGUUUCUUGUAGACGCUGUGUGACACAAGUAUUACUUUAUGAAAAUCAACAAGGAGUUUUAUCCAAUAUAACCACAUUAUUAUACUGUUUUCAUCUUCAUUAUUCCAGAUGUGUUAAUCCCUGGAUUAUUUUUGGUAUUUAUGUGAGCAUUUUGUUCCAAUGUGUCCUGGGACUCGAGCAGACGAUGCUGAUACACUCCAAAGAAUGGAAUUACUCUGAUGUGGACAACAGGAAGGGUUCAUAUAUGUUCGAACUACGCAACAUGUGUUUUUAAAAUUUAUCGGAUAUAUUUGUUCAACUUGGAAUUUGUUAUUUAGUGUUUGUCGUGGAUUACUACUACUAUAAAGUGUCCGAAGGCAUGGUUACACUGACCCAGCGUCAUGAACGUGACUCGGCAGCUGUCUAAGGAACCAUGCGGAUACCGACGUUUUACUACCGGACUGUGAUUGUCUUACUAUUAGGACUACCGUCGGCCUAUGGUUACUUCGGGUUGACUGCCUGGGACCCCAUGCUAUCUCACAGUUAUAACUUCGAGGACAACUACAUCGACGACGGCCGGGGCAACAGAGGGAUUUCUUCGAACAAAUUGUGUGAAAUGAUGAACUUGCACAAAAAACAAAAACGUAUGUGCCGACGAGGGCGUGGCGUGGCUCGGACGUUACUCGACGCCAUUGAACUAUCUGUGAUGGAGUGUCAGUUUCAGUUUCAGAACGAGCGAUGGAAUUGCUCCCUUUCGGAGCCUCACAGACGAAACCUUCUCAAGAAAGGCUUCAAAGAAACAUCUUUUCUAUACGCGAUGUCCUCUGCGAGCUUAGUGCACGAAUUUGCACGUGCGUGUAGUAGUGGUCGUUUGGACAGAUGCACAUGCGACGAGUCCAAGAGUCUUCAGAACAAGGAGGCGUGGCGGUGGGGCGGCUGUGGUGACAAUGUCAAGUACGGCUUCCGGUUCACAAGGAGGUUCCUUCGGCGGGCCAAACGGCGGGGCAAAGACCACCGGGCCAUGAUUAACCAGCAUAAUAGCAAGCUCGGGAUACGAGUUGUUCGAAGCAACGUCAACACCACGUGUAAGUGUCAUGGCGUCUCGGGAUCGUGCACAGUCCGCACGUGCUGGCAACAACUCUCUCCAUUCCACAAAAUCGGCAAUAUUUUAAAACGGAAGUAUGAACGCGCUGUGAAAGUGGAAGUAGAUAAUAACAUAUCAUACGGAAAGUAUGAAUUACCAAAAGGCGAAAUAUCUAAUGAAAUUCGCCCUAAUACGUUUUUAAGUGCGUAUGGAAGCAGCAUGGUCUUUAUGGAUGAUUCACCGAGUUACUGUUCCCGGAGUAGGUACUCUCUGGGAACAACUGGAAGGGAGUGUGAUAAGGACCGGAACUGUGACGCCAUAUGUUGUGGGCGUGGCUACAAUGUGCAAACAAAGGCGUAUAACCGAUCAUGCGCAUGUCAGGUAGUUUGGUGUUGUGACUUCCACUGUAAACAGUGUCUGUUUGAAGAAGAAGUCCACUUGUGUAAAUAACAUGCAGAAAGAGUAAGAUGAAUCAAAUGUCUCAAACACGUAACAAAUAUAUUGAACAGACGGUACACAUUUAAAGCCACAAACUACACGUGCUUUUUGUCAAAACUAUGCAUCAAUACACGCUUGGCCUGAUGGGUAUUAUUCAUCGAACCUAUGACAUCUUCAUGUGCCAAUUCAUCGGAUGUGUAAGACAGAUCGUUGAGAUAAAUACGAAAUGAUCAGAAGUGUGUGGUCCUAGGUCCCGACACAGUGUCGUCGUCUAUAACCCGCUUCAAUUUGAAAUAUCGUUUGUUAUUGUUUUGUCAUGUGCAUUUGUUUGGCCAGAAAGAGUUGUACAAGGGUUUCUUAUGCAUGAAUAUGAACAACUGACAUCCGUAUGAUGAAUGUCAGACUACUGUAAAUCCAUUAUUUCAAGAAAAUAUGAAUGUUUUAAUUUUUAGAAUUGACCAUUAGGGAGCCUUUCAUACAUACAGCACUGUACUGUCACGUAGUACUAGUAGUAGGACACAUCCUUGUAUAUACUGGCUUUUGAAUAUAUGUUUUAUGUACAUAUGUUAUGUAAUUUAUGAAAUAAUGACAACAUGUACAAUACUUUGUUUUGUUACUAAGCAACGAACAUAAAUGUGCUCAUUUCUCCUACAAAUAACUUAUUUUAACUUUUAGUCAAUAUUUGGUUUUACCUUGCCUGCCUAUAUGCAUUAGAUAUAUUAACUAUAUCACAGCUAGUUAACAUACAUGUUGCACGUGCAGAUGAUUGUUCAUGUUUAUAUAAAAUGCCACUUCAAACCAACAAUAAGUAAUUCGUUAAUCACAUCAACACGCAAAGUGUAUUUGAUAGUGUUCUCUGUAAUAUAAUAUUUGAAGAAUAACUGAAAUUAUGGCCCCAGUUAUGACCCCAAUUUCUCAGAAAAAGAAGACUGAAAAACUACUAAAAUUAUGUAUGAACUCUAUUAUUUUCGUUUUGCUUCAAACUAAAUAUAAAUAUAUAUAUAUAUAAUACAAAUCGAAAUAGGAAUAUAUUGUCUGGAGAUUUAAGGCACUAAAACCAUUAGAAUUAAAAACAUAAACAAUUAAUGAACGUAAAAUUCAGAUUAGCAAGUUUAUAUAGAUUUUUAUAUAAGUCAACCUUUGUUCAGACAAAGAAUAGCUUGUAAACUCUGUUGGUAUAAUCUAUAUAAGAUGUCAACUAACAGAAGUAAAUACCUCGCAGCAUAAAUUUAAGUGUUGACUGAUCCGGCUGGCUCGUUAGCUUUAAAUUUAUUGUAUUCUGGACCAACAUGGGAUAUCUUACAUAGAUACAUAAAAGAAUAAUUUUCGGUAACAGUUACCGCCAUGGCUUCUGUGUUAGAGUCUUACAGUUGCGGUCUCAAUGUUGUCAUGGUAAAUAUGUUCCGAAUGGAGAUUUUGUCACUCGAGUCUUUCAUGGUUUUAUUACAUCUUUGCGUAUUGCAGAGUUGUCUUCUCUUGUGAGCAGGUAAUGAUUGUUACGUCAUUGGUUUGUG